AUGAAAGGCUUAGAGAAUUAGUACAAACAUGAAUAUCCAAACUUGAUUGCUUGUUUUAUUAGAAACACCUACCAUUUACCCUUGAUUAAGGCAGACUUACAAGACAAAAUCGAAGAAUAAUUUGAUCAAGUGUAAAUAGAAAAUGAAUACACAAUUGAUACAAAUCUGUAGAUAGAAUAAGCAGAAAUCUUUAAAUGCUUUAAUCCUGAGGCUCUUAAUGAAGCUCUAUUUUAAAACGCCACAAUCCUUAGAAAAUUUGGUAGAAUAAGAUCCUUGAUCUCUAGAGGUUAGUAUUUAGCAGUUGGGAGUAACUUAGGAGCAGUACUUAAUUUUUAUAUUGGUUCUGAUCCUCCAAACAAAUCAUACAUUGAAUUGAAAAGUCAAUUGCUUUAUGCAGCAGAAAUAUGCUAAACAGAACAUGGUAGUGUAAACUAAUUAAGUUUUAAUUUAUCUCAAUAGCAACUUGCUGUAGGCUUUGAUAAUGGAGUUAUAGGAAUAUAUGAUAUCGUAAAUAUGAAGCAUUUGAAAUGGGUUAAAGUACAUCAGAUCAGAAUAGUUUCCUUGGGAUAUGUUAAUGAAAAUACAUUUGUGUCAGGAGAUGAAUAAGGCAAUUGUUUUAUGACCAGAUGUGCCAAAGGUAGAAUAUUCUAUGAUUUGGAUUCCCAAUUCAUUAUUAAAUCAUAACCAAUGUCUAUCAUUAAGUCUAUUCCUAUCAAAUGUAAGCCAUUAUUCAAUUUUCCUGAAUAUACUAUUGUUGCUUUGGGUAAUGGAUACAAAUGUUGGGUUCUUAGGAUUCAAGAUUCGAACGUCACUUAAUUUACAAUCUUAGCAGACUUUUAAAAUGAUGCACCAGAAAAUAAUUAGUGUGUUCUCGAAUGGGAUAUACUUAAAGUUGAUGAUAAAGAUAGAUUAGUUUUAGGAAUCUCCUGGACAAAUUAGACCAAAUCCUUUUUAUUUUAAGGAACUGAAUAUGUGGAGGGUAAAAUAAGAGCAAAUUUUAAGUUACUUAAAGAUAUCAAGUUGCCUGCAAAUUUUAUAUAUAUGAAUUCAAUUUAUAAUGAUUUAGUUUUAUUAUUAACUGAAAAGGGAGCAGUGUACACUAGCAAUUUUUCCAAUUAUAAGACUUAAAAGAUUAUGCAAAUGGAAUAAUUUGAACCUUUGCCUCUUAUGUAUUGGAAAGAUAAUAAAUAUGAGAGUUAAUUUAAUGUAUGCAUUUCAAAUAAUGAAAUACUCUAAGAAAUAUACAUUUUAACAAGUCAAAAUGUUACAGUGUUGAAAUACUAUAAAUUUGAGGAUAAGAUUAGACAUUUUAUGGAAAAUCAAUAAUUCUUAUUGUGUUUUUAAUUGAUUUUAUGUAUACAUAAAAAAGUGUUCAUGGAAUUUGAUAGAUAAAAGUUACUAUUAUUUGCACAAUAAAUAAUUGAUUUGUAUAGCAAAUAGAUAGCUAGAUUACAAAUUAGUGGUAAAUCAGAAGAAGCUAAGUAAAGAGGAAUUUCCUUGGUAAAAUUCAUAAUCGAUAUUGGUACAGAACAAUAUUUAAGCUCUGUAUGUGAUAUACUAUCAAAAACCCUGAAUGAUGAAUCAACUUUUUUUUUGAGUAUUGUGGAACCCUUUAUUAUAAAUAAAUAGUUCAAAUUCAUCCCUGAUGAAAUUCUGUUAAAGCUAAUUUCUCUAUUGAAAGGACAGAAAGCGAAGAUUUUCUUAUUGCUUAAUUAAUUAGAUCUUAAUAGAGUUAAUUACUCAAUUUAUUUAUAAGCAUGUUUAGAAAGUUAAUUGUUUUCUCCUAUGAUUUAUUUGUGUACUAGUUCAGCCAAAAAUGAGUUUUUAACUCCAUUAUUUUAAAUAUGGAACUAUAGCAUGAAGUAAUCAUAAUUGGAGAACUUUGAUGAAGAAAUCAUAAGUGUUAGAAAAGUGAUUUCUUUCAUUGAGUAUAUUUUAAUGGGCAAACUCUAUGAUGGUUCAACAAUUCCUAUUGGUACUUUGAAAAGUACUAUUGAAAUGAUGGUUGUAUGGAUUUUUGAAGAGAAUAAUCUAAGAAGAAUGAUAUGGGUUGACCCUUACGGGGCAUUUUAUAUAUUGUAUCAAAUAAUGUCAAUAACAAAAUUACAUUAAAUUGAAUUGGAUCAUUCUAAGCAAUUGAAUGUGAUUUAAAGUGUAUUGAAAAUGUUUAUGAAUCCAACUUAUCGCUGGAAAUUUCAAUAAUAAGAAUUUGAAAUUUAAUAGUAAUUUAACGAUAUAAGGGGAUUUGAAAACUAUGAUGUUCAAACUGCCUAUUCAUUCUUUAUAAUUAAGGUUAUCUUUAUUUUGAAAUUGGAAGUAGAAUUUGAUAUAAUGAUGGACAUUUUACUAUUUUGUACAUUCAAUAAGUCUUUCCUUUUCUAUAUAGAUUAUCGAUCUUAUGCAGAAGUGAUUGAAAAAAGUGAGUUAGCUUAAUUAGAAUAACAUUAAAGCCAUUCUGAAAUUAUCGAAUAUUUUUAAUAACGAUUAAUGCUUAAAUUUGUGCAUAUUUUGGUUAAUAAAAUCAAGACUACAAAGCAUAAGGAACAAAUAGAAAUGCUAAAUGGAUUCUAAGAUCUAAAAUAAAUACCUUUAAUAUAGGCAUACCUUUAUUAAUAUGUUGGAGAAUAUCAAACUCCUGUUUCUAUUUACUUGAAAUCUAAUAAUAUUUUAGUUUAAAAGUAAGUAUUCAAAUAUUUACAUGAUACUCUAAUCUCGAUGUAUGGCAAGGAAACAUAUGCUAAACUUAAUGGAAUUAUCGUAUCAAAAUUAUAAGAUUUAAUAAAUUUAGAUAUCCAAAAAACUAGAGAAUUAAUUUGUUAAUUUCAAAAAGACAAUGAACUCUAAAUCAUUGAGAAAUUAAGUUAGAAUAAGAAAUUAUAAUUAAAAUACAUUGAAACAGUAAUAAAAAAGGAUCUCAAUUCUGAAUUUGGUUUAAGUAAUAUUCUGUUGACAAAACAUAUAGAACUCUUGUGUGAAUUAGAACCUGAAAGAGUAUUACCAUAAUUGUAGAAAAUUCAUUAUCCUUUGGAAGAAGUAUUGGAGAUUUGCAAAAAAUAUCAAAACAUCGAAUCCACUGCUUACAUUUAUUGUAGGUUGGGUUUUAUUGGAGAUGCAGUUCAAUUGUAGAUUGUUCUCUUAAGAAAUAUGCUAUCUAAAGUAGUCGCUAAAUAAAAAAAUGUUGACACUAUUGAAAAAAGAGAGUAUGAUGAGUUGGAAAACAAAAUGAAUGAGAUUUCAGAUAUAUGUCAAUAUCAUUCGGACAAUCCUGAUAAGAGUUGGUAUUACUUUUUAGAUAGUCUGAUUGAAUUAAAUAAUGAGAUAUCAGAAAUUUAGCUAAAUAAAAUACUUGUUAAAAAAAUUGGACAAUUAUUUGAAGAUAUUUCUACCCACACACCUUUAGAUUUAUUUGCAUAACGAUUAGGUACUAGAUAUAGUAAUAUUAAUAUUAAGGAGUAUAAAGGAAAUUUCAUUAAGUUAGUCAAUACAUUCUACUAUCAAAACUACUUCAUUUAAAAUGCAAAAUUUAUAAUUUAACGUUUUUUCAAUAUGGAAUCACAGAACUUUUUGAGGGCUCACCUUGAAGGACACUUUACAGUAAAUUAUUGUGACAUUUGCAAUGAACAAAUUGAAACUAGGGGGUAUAAGUAUUUAUGUGGCCAUUUUAUCCAUGUUGAAUGUAAACAGAAGGAUCAUUAAGCAUGCUCAAAAUGCUUAUAAUCUGAGAGGUUCUUUUUACAACACACAGUUUAAAGGUAGAAGUUAAAAAUUAGUAGAAUGAAAAAUGAUGAGCAAAUUAAAUAAGUAGAUACAAAAUAAUUAAAUCCUACUCAUUAACGGUAAAAGGAGGAAAAAGCAGAAAUUAAAAUCAAUAAUUAAGGGAAGCUAUCCCACUUUGAUCUAGAAAGAGAAAAGAAAUACGAUUUGAGAAUGGAAUAAGAUAUUAAUAAAUUAGUCAGAGCAGAUAUGUGA